ACAAUGUUAGCCAGCCCUAUGUGUGUUGGGGUCUUCAGAGUACAGUAGUUGAGUGGUAGUUUGUAGCUGGAAGUUUGGAAGUGGGUUGACAUCUUCGUUGAGAAUUGUCUAAGAACAGUGGAAAGAUGGCGGCCAUUUUGUUGAGUGUGCGGAGCUGCUCGGCGAACUCCUCCUGGGCUGCCAGGUUUGCUGCCAGGUCCCUCAGCACAUCCUCCUGUCUGCAGGCUGAAGUGCAAGCAAAGAGCAAGAAGACGCUGGCCAAGCCCGGUGUGAAGAAUGUGGUUCUGGUGGACGGAGUCCGUACCCCUUUCCUUCUGUCCGGCACCACGUACAGCGACCUCAUGCCCCAUGACCUGGCAAGAGCUGCCCUGCAGGGCCUGCUGAACAAGACGGCCCUCCCUAAAGACGCGGUGGAUUACAUCGUCUACGGGACUGUCAUCCAGGAAGUGAAGACCAGCAACGUGGCCCGAGAGGCUGCGUUAGGAGCUGGCUUCUCUGAUAAAAUCCCAGCGCACACCGUCACCAUGGCCUGCAUCUCCUCCAACCAGGCCAUGACCACAGGUGUGGGGCUGAUUGCGGCGGGGCAGUGUGACGCCGUGGUGGCGGGGGGGGUGGAGUUCAUGUCGGACGUUCCCAUUCGUCACAGCCGUAAGAUGAGGAAGACGCUGCUCUCCCUGAACAAGGCCAAGACCCUCAGCCAGAGACUGUCCCUGCUGGGCACCAUGCGCCUCAGCCACCUGAUGCCUGAGCUCCCAGCGGUGGCGGAGUUCUCCACGGCGGAGACCAUGGGGCACUCGGCCGACCGGCUGGCGGCGGCGUUCGGGGUGACCCGUCAGGAGCAGGACCAGUUCGCCGUGCGCUCCCACUCCCUCGCCCUGCAGGCCCAGGAGGCGGGGCUGCUGAGUGACGUCAUCAGCUUCAACGUGCCAGGAAAGGGCUCCGUUUCCAAGGACAACGGGAUCCGGCCCAGCACCAUGGAGCAGAUGGCCAAGCUGAAGCCGGCUUUCAUCAAACCACACGGCACGGUCACCGCCGCCAACUCCUCCUUCCUGACGGAUGGGGCCUCUGCAGUCCUGAUCAUGUCUGAGGAGAAGGCUCUGGCCAUGGGGUACAAACCAAAAGCAUAUCUCAGAGAUUUUGUGUACGUGUCCCAGGACCCCAAAGAUCAGCUCCUUUUGGGGCCCGCCUACGGUACGCCCAAAGUCCUGGAGCGGAGUGGUCUGACCAUGGGCGACAUCGACGUGUUCGAGUUCCACGAGGCUUUCGCUGGCCAGAUUAUGGCGAACCUGAAGGCCAUGGACUCUGAUUGGUUUGCACAAACAUACAUGGGGAGGACAUCCAAGGUGGGGACCCCCCCGAUGGAGAAGUUUAACAUGUGGGGGGGCUCUCUGUCGCUGGGGCACCCGUUCGGGGCGACGGGCUGCCGGCUGGUGAUGACGGCGGCUCACAGGAUGCAGAGGGAGGGGGGGCAGUACGGGCUGGUGGCCGCAUGUGCAGCGGGGGGGCAGGGACAUGCCAUGGUUGUGGAGGCGUACCCGCAGUAGGGCCAGACGGGCGUGGCCGGGGGCGGGACGUGGGGCGUGGCUGUCUUCCUGUGAGCCUCCCCAGCACAUGUAGGAAGUGAUCCGUGUCUGGGGGAAAGGCCUUAUUUGUAAAUACUUCUGCCGCGUUGCCUUGAUGCUGCGUUUGGUGACAUGAUGACUCGUUGGUCCUCCUCUCUGUCGAUUGGUCAGUGUGGAGGGAUGCGGUUGCCGAGCGACAGGCAGACGGAUGUGAUGGUGGCACAGCCCGUUUACACCUCAAUCACACACACACACACUCACACACACACACACACACAACACACACUUUACAUUUUACAUUUACAACACUGCACAUUCACUUUCUGUUAACAGAAAGGUUUUUUUUUUGUAGUUUUUUUUGUUAUCUAAAUGCUAAAUGUUUCUGGGCAUAAAACAAUGGAAAGUGUUUGUUCAUAUUUAUCUGGUUUGAUGUCUGAUACACACCUCUGAUGCACACAUUUCUGAUGCCUUACGCCCCGUUCACACGACAGUGGCAGUGUACGAAGACGGAGACCGGGAAAGUGAACGUCUUCAUUUAACCUUGUCCCCGAUGUUUAGAGCUUUGAGUGUCCUUAUUUUUAAGGUUAAUUUGUCAUUAAUCAUUGCUUUAGAACACUGGAGAUAUGAACUUCAUUGUAACCAACAGUAAAGAUUACAGAUCCAUUCAUUGUAAUUAAAUGCAGCUGGAAUAUUUCUUCA